CUGAGCAGACGAUCCUUUCGGAGUGCGUAAAACCGCAAAAUCUCCGUUCAACAGAGUAGACCUGCUGAUUGAACGACUCUUCGCACCUCGGUUUCGCCACUUUAUUCGUGAGUUUGGUUUACAGGAACUGCCCCGUGAGUCCAGCAGCUUACGUUUUUUUUUUUCCUCCUUCUUCUUUUUUUUUCUGAAUGGACGCGCUUGGGAAGCUUCUCGUCCGACAUGGAAAUGCGCCUUAGCGAGCUCGUUGCCGCACACUGAGGAAGAGCGACCCAGAGAGUUUAUCCCAGCUUUCAUUUUGAGUUUCCAGCCGCAGACAACAUGGAGGGCUCCGGCUUCCAGCCCCAUCCCGGACUUCAGCAAACUCUCAAGCAGUUCCACCUCAGCUCCAUGCGCUCGCUCGGCGGACCGGCGGCGUUCUCCGCGCGGUGGCACCAGGACGCGCUCUUCGCCAAGGAUGGCAAAUCCGCGGAGAUCGUGCUCUCGCUGCCGCCCCAGACGCCGCCGGUGAUGUCCGGCCCGCUCUUCAUCCCGUCCGACCGCUCCACGGAGAGGUGCGAGACGGUGCUGGAGCGGGAGCCCAUCUCCUGCUUCGUGGUCGGCGGGGAGAAGCGGCUGUGCCUGCCGCAGAUCCUCAACAGCGUCCUGCGAGACUUCUCCCUGCAGCAGAUCAACUCGGUGUGCGACGACCUGCACAUCUACUGCUCCCGGUGCACGGCGGAUCAGCUGGAGAUCCUCAAAGUGGUGGGCAUCCUGCCCUUCUCCGCGCCGUCGUGCGGACUCAUCACCCAGACGGACGCCGAGCGCCUGUGCAACGCGCUGAUCUACGGCGGGACCUACCCGCCCCACUGCAACAAGGAGCUGGGCUCCCUGGAGCUGGAGCGCACCGAGAGGAGCUUCAAAGUCUACCACGAGUGUUUCGGUCGGUGCAAGGGCCUGUUCGUCCCGGAGCUGUACGCGGGUCCGGCCGCCGCCUGCAUCCAGUGCCUGGACUGCAGACUCAUGUUCCCGCCCCACAAGUUUGUGGUGCACAGUCACAAGCGGCUGGAGAACCGGACGGUGCACUGGGGCUUCGACUCGGCCAACUGGCGGGCGUACGUGCUCUUAGACCCGGACUACACCGACAAGGAGGAGAAAAGUCACCUGGAGCAGCUGCUUAAAGAGUUGAAGGGGAAAUAUGACCUGGCGGCCAAGCUGUCCAGUAAAUCCUGCAGAUCCCCGAGCCCGAUCCCAGCCAAGAGGUCCAAAUUUGACAAAUUACAGUCUCCGCCAGCUGACAAAGACAGGAAGCCUGAGUGGUUACAGUCGCUGUCCAAGUCUGCACAUAAGGAUCUGAAACAGGUCCAGCUGAAACAGAGGCCCUCCGCUUUCCGCCCCUGGUCUCCAAAAGCUGUCGAAAAGGAAAAGCCAGUACCUCAAAAGGAAGCUGAGAGACCCAGCAUAAGGAAUCGUGACGCUCUGGCCGAUACCCCGGCCCUUCCCGUCCAUCCCAACGACAGCCACAUUUCAGGAUCCAAAACCAUUUCCAUAAAAGAGCCGCAUAACAGCAAACCAGCCCCUUCCAUCUCCUCCACUCAGGCCGAGGACACAGACGGAGAGAUCGACGUGGACGACUGCGACGACGGUCCAGUUCCAGCUUCCUCCCUGACUUCCCCUCUGUCGGUAUGUGCCGGCAUGUCUCAAAGCCUGUCUCCUCAGAGGCCUCCCCUGGCCCAGGAGUUAGCUCUUUGGCAGUCGGGGACUGUUUGUCCAGAGAUAGACGCCAUGAGACAGAUGCUGUAUGCCGGAACGGACACCAGAGAGACCCGGGAAAAAGUCCUGCAGGAGAUUGUCCGGAUGAGAGUGAAGCAGGAGGAGAAGCUGGCGGCCGCCCUGCAAGCCAAACGCAGCCUGCAACAGGAGCUGGAGUUUGUGAGGGUGGCUAAGAAAGGCCGUCUGCGAGAUGCCAUCGAAGCCAAGCGCAACUUGAGGAAGGAGAUUGAGCGCCUCCGUGUGGACUGGGAGAGGAAGAUGAGGGACGCAGAAGAAUCCUGUGGGCGGCUGAAAAGAGAGCUGGACAGGGAGAGACAAGUUCGGGUUUGCGAUCAAGGUUGCGAAGCUGAGCGUCUUCGAGUCAAGUACUCCACUCAGAUCGAGGAGCUGCACGUGCAGCUACAGCAGGCGGAGGCCGACCGAGAGCAGCUGAGGCAGGAACUGCAGCAGGAGAGAGAAGCUCGGCAGAGCCUGGAGAGCGUGGUGAAAGACCUACAAACCCAGCUGGCCCUGCAGGCUAGCAGCAGCCCUCCCGGAGACUACAAGGACGCAAACAAAGACACAAAAAGCCAAACCACACAGCCCAGCAAAGGAUCCUAAAGAUGUUCCUGUAAAGAAAAAAGGAAAAAAAGAGAAAUAAAAACUGAACGGAUAGACUCAAUUAAAAGGAGAUCCUGUUGGGGGAAUAAAAAAAAAUAAAAAUUAAGUCACUUUUUGUAGAGGAAAUGAAUCUGUCAUAUAUGAUAUGUUAUAGUAUACAUCAAUAUUAUUAUGAAAAUAUGACAGAAAUCACUACAUGAACUGGAAAGAAGCAUGAGCAUGUUAUUAGGGAGUGAAACUACGAGAGACUCGUUCAGCGAUAAACACACAUAGUCUCAGUGACGUCAGAGAUCCUCCUCCUGACGCUGCCCGAGAGUUUUUUUUUGGUUUCGGUAUAAGCUAUCCUGAGACGUACAAACACAGCUACACAACACUACUUGAAUAUGAAGGGAAGGAGCAGGCUGCGUCUGGUGGAACGGGAGCAAACGACGCGAGUCUUUGUGCCGCAGCACAGAGGCGUCGCCGCAGACCACUGGAAGCUCACCACUACUCACUUUAGGUGUCUGCUCGGUUUUCAUAAACGUGUGGAGCAUUUUAAGAAACACUUCUCGCUCAGUUCCACCAGCAAGGAAAAAAAAAAACAACCUUAUAUGAACAUAUAUAGCAGCUUAUCUACCUUUUGUAUUUGAUAUAAACCUGAAGUAUUGGUGUUUUGGCGGGCUGCCUUCAUGCUCACCAUUGUUUAACUCCUAGAUAUUCUAUGUAAGUGUUACUUUUUGUUGCUCGUUGUCGUUUUGUUUCUGGGUUUUUUUUCUCACUCUCAAGCCAUUCAGAGGAUUUCUUUGCCCACUUUAGUUUACAUAAGUCUGUUAACCCACUCCUCAAAAAGCGAAAGUCCUAAACAGCUGUAAAAUGGUACUUCUGAUUGUCUAAUAAUUUAUAAUCUACAAUAAUUUGUAAUUUGCUGCCUAUUGAGAGAUAGCGAACCUCUUUUUUUUUCUCCAGUUUUAGGGCUCUUAAAUCAACAGUGGCUGUUUGUAUGAAAAAAAAAAACAUUUUUACAUAUAUAAAAAUAUGUAUAUCUAUUUUUUUACUUUGAGAAAAGUAAUUGCACUUUUUAAAGACAGAACCUAGCGUUGUACUCCCUGUUACAUUUUUAGAACCAGAAAGUAACAUGAACUCUGAAAUUAAAUUCACUUUUCUCUCAGUAUACCAUCUGAUGUAAAUACAGUAUUGUAAAUAAGAUGUUUGUUGGUAUGGUAUGUUUGCUUGCCCCAGACUUAAGUUGAUUAUGCGUAUUAUUUCUUGUUCUUACUUGAAACCAAAAAAAAAAGAGAGAGACUCUAUUUGAAUUAGCAAAACUGUAAUUUGAUUGCUGCUGAUCCCUGAACAUCACUGCAAUCACAGGGUAGACUUAUCAAUUAAAAUUAUUAGUAGCUGUGAGUUUCUCACACCAAAACAACUUUAAACCCUCUGACUUGAUUUAUAGAAGAUUAAUUAUUUGAUGAAUUAUACAUUAUAUAGUUCACCUCUGACCAAAAACUGACAAAUAUAUGAUAUAAUUCUCAGCACUUCCAGCAUUUUCGUCAGAUUAACUGAGACCUCCUGAUGGUUUUUUUGAACCUUGUUGGUGCUUUCAUGUGUAAUAGACAAGAAACACUUUCACGUCUUAUCCUUACGAUACCCUCACUCAGUAUUUGUUGGGUACAGUGUAAUAGCAGUAUCCAUGUUGUUUGCUGAUGCUCCUGUUCUUUUUUGGGGUCUGGAAGUGGGUUUUCACUGACCUCUUCUUUCAGUGUUUUCCUUUUCCUUUCAGAAAAUGUGUAUAAAACCUAUUAAAAUUUAAACCAGUUCUACUCA